AGUAUCAAACUAACAAAACCAAUUAGCGGGAACAACGCGCCUUUGUUCAAAACAAACUUACAAUCCUACGCGCACCUUCAACUAGAGUUAAAAAACCACCACUAGAGACUUUUUCUUUGUGUCUGUUUUCAGACCCAAAUCCACAAACGGUCCUACCUACGUUCCCUAAUCUGUCUCUCUUUCAAUCAUAUCCUCAACCCUUCCCUCCCAUGAUGUUCCUUCCAGUUCCACCCAUGCACUUACUGUUUCUCUGACAUUCCUUCACUUGUUUCCUUCUUCUUCACUCCACCUUUUUUCUUUCUUUUAGAAGAUUCAAUAUGCUUUUUUUUCCUCUUAUCCUUACUCUCCAACUCACCGUGGCGUGAAAUUGGGGAGACUCUGACUCAGAGUUUUGAGUGUAAAGAAAUAGACACGUUAUGACUACUCUGAUCCCUUUCACUUCACAUAAACGUUCAAAUCCAGGUUAACGUUUUUUUGUGGUGCUGGUGUUUUUUUGACUGAGGUAUAGAUGGAAAGAAGGAGUUGGAUAUGGCACAGUAAAAGUUCUGGUGAAACUGAGAGUUCUGAAUCAAUGUCAUCUCAUUCUGAAAGAUUAUCUGAUGACCAGGUACAUGCUACUCGAACUGCUCCGUCUCCGGAAGUUGCGUCCAAGGCUGCCUCAAACGAAGAUGUUGUUAGUGAUGUGCAUACUCUAACAGAAAAGUUGUCUGCUGCUCUCUUAGAUGUUAGCUCCAAAGAAGAUUUGAUAAAGCAAAAUGCUAAAGUUGCUGAAGAAGCUGUCUCAGGCUGGGAGAAGGCUGAAAAUGAAGUAUUGACUUUAAAGCAAGAACUUGAUGCUGCAAAACAAAAGAAUGUUGUUCUUGAAGACCGAGUUAGUCAGCUUAACGGGGAACUAAAGGAUUGUAUGAGGCAGCUCCGAGAAGCUCAAGAAGAGCAAGAUAAAAAGAUCCAUGAAGCUGUUGCAAAUAACUCUUGGAAUCAGGAAUCCGGAAGACCUGAUCUUGAGUGGAAAGUUGCUGAGCUUGAGGCUCAACUUCAAACAGCUAAAGAAAAUGCUGCUGCAUCAGUAAAUUCUGGUCUUCUACAGAGGCUUGAGGACGUGGAGAGGGAGAAUUCAUGUCUUAAAAUUGAACUGCAAUCUCGACUCGAGGAACUAGAAUUCAAAACCAUUGAAAGGGAUUUGAGUAUCCAAUCUGCCGAAACAGCGAGCAAGCAACAUUUGGAGAGUUUAAAGAAGGUGGCUAAACUUGACACUGAAUGCCGGAGAUUGAAUGCCAUGGCUCGUAAAACGUUAUCUGUUAACGAUUACAAGUCUUUGACUCACUCUUCAGUUUGCGCAGAGUCUUUCACAGAUAGCAUGUCAGAUAGUGGAGAGAGGCUAGUUGAAAGUGAUAUACACAAAUUUGGAGGCUGGGAGAUAAAUGAAAACACCGCUGCUCAAAAUCAUAUAGGCCUUUCAACUCAGAAUGAUCUGAUGGAUGAUUUUCUUGAAAUGGAAAGGCUUGCUGCAUUGCCAGAUACAGAAAGUGUAAGCAGUUUCUUUGUGGUAGGUAAUGGAACAGACACAGUGAAUGCUGAAGUGGAAGCAUUGGUUGAAAAGAAUUCUACAUUGGAAAAGAAGCUGCUGAAAAUGGAGGCAGAUAAACUUGAGCUAGAGAUGGACUUAAACGAAUGCCAAAAACAGCUGGAGGUAUCACAAAGUCGGGUAAAGGAAGCAGAGUUGGAGGUAAUAGAGCUUCAAACUCAGUUAGAUCUUGCAAGUAAAUCAAAUGAAGAAGCAUACGAUGAACUAAAUGCAGCCCGAACAAAAAAUGAAAAAGCUGAAUCAAAACUUAGAGCAACCCAAAAUGAGGCAGAAGAAUUGAUCUCAAAAAUCUGUUCACUGGAGGAAGAGAUUGAGAAAGAGCAGGCUUUGUCUGCUGAGAAUUUGGCCAAGUGUGAAAAGUUGGAAGACGAGCUUUCGAGAAUGAAACAAGAAAAUCAAUUCCAGCAACACACUGAAAUACUGCAUAGGGAAGGGGUUGAUAGCAAGUUAAUGUUCAAUCAGGAGAAGGAAUUAGAAUUGGCUGCUAGUAGAUUUUCCGAGUGCCGGAAAACCAUUGAAUCUCUGGGAGAGAAGUUGAAGUCCCUUGCAAAAUUGGAAGACUUCCUACUUGAUUCAGAGGACACUAUGGAGUUAACUAGUGAAGUAACACCAGCAGGUCCCAAAAAUAACAGUGAGGAGUUGAAAUUACAUAAUAGUGAUUUGAGUUCGCCAAAAAUAGAUUCUGAAUUAUCAGAUUCUCCAAAUCCAUCUAUUAGCUUUGGAAAAAGCCACUUUAGUUUUCGUAUGUUCUAUCCUACAAGUGCUUGAGCAGAACAGGAAGUCAUUGAAGAGAAGCAAGAGAAAAAAUAAAGUGAACUGUAAAUUUGCUUUAUAAGCAUUCAAGCGUGUAAAAAUACAAACGUAGGUGUACAUAUAUAUCUAGAUUGCACUGCUUAAUAAAUUAAAAUCAA